AUGUCCCUACAUACCACCACGUUCUCACAAACCAUCUUAACACAGAGGGACAGGGACACACGGCUGGAUAAUCGGCAGCUCUUGGACGUCCAGCACACCUGGUUUGACAAACUGCAGGUGGAGCUGAUGGAGAUGAGGCUGAGCUCUGAGAGGAGCCUCCGUCAGAUGGAGAGCCGUACACAUUCCCUGCUGUGGUCCGUGAGCAGGAGGCCGGAGCGACUCACAGAGGCCAUGGAUCACAACUCAGCCACCUCUCACCACAAAACCUUUGUAUCUCUAAGCCGUUUGCUACCUAGCAGCGUUUCAGAAGUGAGCCAAUCUCCAGAAGUAGUUGCCUCCUCUGCUGCAGUCCACAGGAGGGAGUUUAGUUUCAUAAAAACUUUGUUACUAUCUCUCUCUGCACUGGGUCGAGUUGCACCCACCCUGACGGUGCUGCACCCCUCCAGUGAGGAGCUGCAGCAGGAGAAGGUCACAGUCCUGUGCCUGGCCAACAAGGGCUUCCCCUCAGACUGGAGUCUGGCCUGGAAGGUGGAGGGCAGCAGCAGCAGCAGCAGCUGGGAGGAGAGCAGGAGCCCCGGGGUGCUGGAGAAGGACGGCCUCUACAGCUGGAGCAGCACCCUGAGGCUCCCUGCAGACCAGUGGAGCAAGCUGGGCUCUGUGACCUGUGAGGCCACCCAGGGCUCCCAGACUCCGCUCUCAGAGACACUGAGGAGAGACCAGUGUUCCCAGUCCUGACCUGACUCACUGGGACUCUGCUACUGGUUUUACUCUCUUCUCUGUCGCACUGUCUCUCUCUCUUUUAUUUCACAUUUCAGUAACAAUAUUUACGAUCUUCUCACAGUGUUUCCACAUUGUUUCUGUGUUUCUAGAAAAUAAAAAUCUGUUCA